AUGUCUACGCCAUCAAUAAGCAAGCUCUCAAGUCGUCCACAUGAAGCUGUUGCUUCAAAGUUAGAUCCCCCAAAUCUAAGAUUCAUGCGUCUAGGAGAUAUCCCUUCAGAAGCUGGAGAUGUGACGGGAGAUAUAAAUGAAGUGCUCUUUGUUGUGAUGUUCUCUUGUAUUGGAUUCAUAGUUGCAUUUGUGUUGCUUUUGGUUGUAUUUUUGAUUUUGAGGCGAAGGAUACGGUCAAGAGACCUAGAUGAUGAAGAAAGGGGAAGAAACUUUGCAAAUAGGAUAUACACUGAACUAGAUACAGAUGAACAAGAGCUUUACUUCCAAUCAGUUCAAUUUUUUGAGUCCAACCCUUAUUUCAGACAUGAUAUUCCUCUUUCACAACUUCUUUCCAUCCAAGAAAAGGGAAUCCAAGCUUUCGAAUUCAGAAAGGAUCCUAUGUUAACAAACAAUGAUUUACUUAUAGUUAAUAAGUGCGAGCUUAACUUUUUCAAGAACUUACAAUGCUCAGCUCAAACCAAUAUACCGAUCCCAAUGAUUAACGAAGUGUACUACUUUGAAGCCAAGAUAUAUCUGCUCCCCGACCCAGAAGGUACAGUUAUUUCUGUAGGAUUGGCUCCUAAGCCAUAUCCUUGGUUCCGGUUGCCAGGAAGACACCAGUAUUCCAUUAGUUACGAUUCGAAUGGGUUCAGACGAUACAACGAUCCCUUCCCAGUCGAUGGACCACCUCACUUCCCUAGUUUAAUCCAAGGAGAUGUCAUAGGUGUAGGAUAUAGAGUUAGAAGUGGCACAGUAUUUUUCACAAAAAACGGGAAGAAAGUUAGUGAACUGAGUUUGGGUGGACACAUCAAGAAGUUCAAAUUACCACAAGACGGUCAUAUUCAUCCUACAAUAGGUGCAAACAACUUGUGUUCGGUAAAUAUAAACUUGGGACAAAUGGGAUUCGUGUAUAUUGAAGCCAACGUGAAGAAGUGGGGUUUGGCUCCUCUUGAAGGUAAUGGUCCAUCCCCCCCUGCUUACAACAAGUUCAAUCAAGACAUUUUAUUGGCUAGAUCAGAAUAUGAUGAGAGUGAAAGUGAAAGAGAGAAUGAUUUCCCACCUCAGUUUUGGGAUGUCGAAAACUCAAGAGGAGAUGGUAUAACAUCGGCACAAAUGGCCAACCAAAGUUAUGAUGCAUAUCGUGAUGAUGAAGUGUCAAUGAGUGGCGAUAGAAUUACAUUAACAAGUUUACUUCCACCCGAAGAGCCUCCCUCGUAUAGCGAAAAUAAUAGUGAUGUUGAAGUUGAAGAUGCUGAAGGUGAAGGGUCUCGUGCAACUGACCUAAGGCCUGCAUUUGGACCAGACCCGGAGGCAGAACAGAAUGGGGAUGAGCACGUCCAAACACAAGACACAAACAAGAAUCAAUGUGCCACUACUACAGAUGAAGAAGAAGAAGAAGUAGCAACUCUGGUGGACGGUAACGGGGAGAGCGAGACUGAAACCAUCGGCGGCGUUGAGGAUGCAGGGAAUAUCGAAUUGACAGAUGAAGGUUUAAACAAUCAACGCCACGAAUAUGAAAACACUUUAACGGAACAAGAACCACAGACACCCCGUAAUGAUACCACUAUAGAAAGUUUAUAG